UUAAUUUACUUCAUAUGAAAUUAAAAACUAAUAUAUAAAACGAAUAGUUAAAAAGCCUCAGAUUUUAUUCAAUAUGAAGUAUCAAAUUAUUUAAAACUAAUUUGAAAUUUAUAAUUAAAAAUGUUAAAUUAACUUAAAAGAAAAUUUAUAAUAUUCAAAUUGACUAUUAAAUUUAAAAAGUUAUUAUUAGAUAGUUGAAAUUAGUACAUUAUUUCAACAUGGUUUUAAGUGAAGAUGAAGAUGAAUGUAAAAAAGUUAUGCUUCAAAAUAUGGACGUUUAUCAAAAACUAGAAUUGCUUAUUAAAGAAAGAAAUAGAACUGUAUGUCGUAAAGAACUAAAAUUACCACGUGCUCUUUCUGAAGAUAGUGAUCUAGUAGAUAUCUUGUCUAAUGAUGAUGGUCCAAUUGUAAAACAGAAUAAACGACUACAAUCAAGAGAGAAAGCUAUUACUGAUUUGAUUGAUGAAAUACAUAAAAUGAAAAAAUCAUCAGAAUCUGAUAUGAAUUUUCCAAUUGACACUGUGAACAAUCAGUUUGAUGAAGUGAAUCAAGCAAUAUCUCGUCUUCGUCAACAGUCAGAAAAAGUAUUUAAAAGAAUAAUUAACACUCAGGUUAGUUUUAAUGAAUUUCUUGGAACAACUUGUCUGUCUCAAAGUUCUGGAAAUAAAGACUUGAUAAAAUCACAUCUUAAAGUGAUUGAGAAAACUUGUAAAUAUGACAGAGGUGUAGAAGCAAUCACUCGUUUUAAUAAAGAAACUCUUGUAAACCAUGUUGAUGAAAAUAUACAGGUUAAAACAGUGGAAGAAUUUAAAAAUGAAUAUAAUAAAUUGGCCCAAGGAGUUUUAAGCAAUGCUUUUGAAACUGCUUCAAAAUCAGCUAAAAAUCAUGAACAUUUAUUGGCUAUUAAAAAAUAUAAUAAACCAAAUUUGGAUUGUUCAAAUAUUGUUUCUGAAGUUGUUACAACAGGAGUAUUAGAUCCAUUUACUAGACAACCAAUAACAAGACCUGUACGUAAUAGGAUAUGUAAUCAUAUAUAUGAUCAAGAUUCAGUCAAUCAAAUGUUUUUGACACGUUCUGUUGUGCCUUGUCCAUAUAUUGGAUGUACCAACAAACAUUUUACCAGAAAAGAUCUUUUAGAAUACGAAGAGCCUAAUUUACAUGAUUCUUUAUGAACUGUUUUUGUUUUAUUACAAAAAGUUUACUCUUGAUUAAAAAUGAAUUCUAAUAACUACAAAGCAAUUAACUUUUAUUUUGUUUUAAGUUAUAUUUUUGACAGAAAAAUGUGUGUUAUACAAUAUAUAUUUAAUUAUUCUGUAUACAUAUGUAUGUGUUAAAUAUUUUGUAAAAACCAUACUUUAAAGGUUUUUUAAAAUAUUGAGGCACUUUAUUAAAAUAUUUAAAAGAAAAUCUUUGGAUUUUUUUUAAUAUUUAUGAUUAGCUAUAAUAAAUUUUCAAUAUUGAUCAUUAUCAAUCACAAUAAACAUUUUAAUGUAUAGUAUUCAGUGUUUUAAAGUACUUUUUACAUACAAUUAUAAUGUAAUAUAUUCAUCUUUAUUUCCUUGUUUCUAUCUAAUUAA